AUGACGACCCAUGUAAACACGACUUCUGCCACAAAUACCAUCACCAGGAACAUCGACCGAGAUACCAGCCCCGGCUCCCCACCAGAAUUGACUGGCUCCAAGUCUUCCAAGUCGUCGGGCUCGCUCCGUUCCACCUGCUUGACCAGUCAACCCAGCCACGACAAUCUGUCUCACUUCGAGGACAUCGCUCUGGCCGACUCUGGCAGAGAUGAGGUUGACGACCUGCACGUUCGAAUCACACAGAGGAAACUCUCAAACCCGCGUGUUCCUCCACCACGUCGAGCCGUGUCCGCCGCUCCCCACAAUGGCCGCAGCCCUUCUGCUCCUGAAGCCUUGCGCGAUGCGACCAACACCCACCGUCCUCGCUAUCCCAGUCUGAAAUCGCAUGUCAAUGCUGCCACCAACUUCAAUGCUCGUCCCAUCCGCCGAGGCUUUACUAGUCCCUCAACGCCUUCGCUCGUCAUGGGAGCAAAGACUCGUCCCUCGAGGUCAAUCUCUCCCAACGGCCAGGCUCUUAGCGACGGUGGCCGUUCNCCCACAUCUGCAACACAAAGAUCGCUGGCCCCUAGGCCGCCAUUGAGGCCAAGAAAGUCAGUAAAGGAGCUCGAGGCCGAAUACCACGAUUCCGACGAGGAGGUACCCGAAGAUGCCGUCAUCUGGAAUGUCCCCAUCUCUCCACGCCCUCCAAUGCAAUCGACUCCCUCGAGUCCCACCAGAAUCGUUUCUACCAGUUUGACCCCAGAACUUCAGUCGACAGACAGCAACAAAUCAAUCAAAGAGGANAGCCCUCGCUCUGCCACACGGCCAAACAUGCAUCACAGUGCUACUGUUAGCGCAUUUCCACCGGAGCCUGCCUCGCCCAGGCUUCAACGUGGCAGAACGUGGAAAGAAGAUCUCAGCGAGGAAGCCCGAGAGGUUGCCGCUGCUUUGGAAGAGCACGCCGAGCGCGUGUCGCAAGAAAGACGUCGCUCCACCCGCAACAGCACCAAUGGCAGUCCUCCUCGUCCCUCGAUGAAGCUCAGAACGAAAACAAGCGUUAUAGAACUGCCACCGCUGCAGAAAGGAAAUGUUAUGAUCGACCCAUUGCCAAUCAGCAAAGAGAAGGAGGCUGUACUCACAAGGACGCGUCCAUCGUGGCUUCCACCAAAAAGCCAGAAAGAGGAGAAGAAGCACAUCAAGGAGUGGGAGAGGAUGAUGGCCGCAGCCGAGGCGGCCGAGAGGAAGCGUGUCGCCAAAGAAGCCGAACAGCAGCAACAACGCAAACACGUCGAAUCCAACAUUGCACGCAUCUGGGAACAGCACGUUAUUCCUAACUGGGAUGAUGUGGUCAAGGAGCCCAGAACUCGUGAGCUUUGGUGGCGUGGCGUCACACCUAGAGACAGAGGCACUGUCUGGAGCAAGGCUAUUGGCAAUGAGCUGUCACUGACCGAGACUUCGUAUGCCAACGCUCUCAAGCGCGCUCGUACGCUGCAAUCUUCAGUCAACAACCUUCCAGAAGAGGAUCGUUCCAAACACGCUGACGCAGGUUGGCUGGCUGCCAUCUCACGCGACGUUCCAACUGUCUUUCCCGAACUCGGUAUCUUCGGCCCUGGUGCACCCCUUCACUCGACUCUGGAAGAUGUACUACUCGCCUACUCUGCCUACCGCAGUGAUGUCGGCUACGUCUACGGUGCCCACACGAUUGCAGGGUUGCUUGUGCUCAAUAUGAGUGCUUCGGCUGCGUUCAUCGCCCUUGCCAACAUGCUGAACCGACCACUGGCUCUCGCCUUCUUGAUCAACGAUCAGGCAACCGUUUCGCGAAUCUACUCGACUGUUCUCUCUACACUGAAGUACAAGAUGCCUCGUCUGCACGAACACCUGACAAGUCCCGAGACUGGAUUCAAUGGCCCUGAAGAAUGGUUGCACCCUUUCCUCGCCACCCUCGGCACGCAGCUUCUCAGUCCGGACUCCUGCAGUCGUCUCUGGGAUAUUGCUGUCUUCGAAGGCGACAAGACCUUCGUCCGUGCAGCUGUUGGAGUGCUGGCAUUGCUUGAGAGCAGACUUUACGGGCCCAGAGAAGAACUCCUAUCUCUUAUCGGCUGGGGCGCACGCCCACUGGACUGUGAAGAAGAACAAGUCAUUGUUGCCAUCCGCGAAGCUGGCAAAAUCUCUCCCCACAACUCGACUUCUGAUCUCAAUGGAAACAAGCGAUAG